GGAAGUGAAACGCAAAGGCAAAUACAAGCGAGCAGAAAGGAAGCUAAUGAGGUUUAUAAGGUUUAUAACCUGAAAAACGUUGUUAUCAAAGCAUGAUUUCGCCAGUAUGGUGUGCUCUGGUCGCUGCUCAGCUCGGGUUUGGAGCUUAUGGCGUGAUUGUUACUGUUUUUGCAAAAGAUAGCAAAGCCGAUCCACUUGUGUUUUGCCUUCUGCGAGAUGCUGGGGCUUUCCCUGUAAUGUUGAUAGCAGCGUUUUGCAUCGAAGGAAAAGUUAGUGUACCUUCCCUGAGGUAGGCUUUAAUGUGUUAUAUUUUCGAUGUAGCUUGACUAUUUUUAUUUUGCUCAUUGGGACUUGUUUUCCCGGAGACUUAAGAUGCUGCUAAGGAACAGACUGGGGCUGCGAAAUAUGUUGUUUUUAACCCGAGAAAAACAUGAAUAUCUCCACCCUGCUUCGUUAUUUAAUUCAGAACUUGAACAGACUUUGUGAUAUCGGUCGUGUUAUUGAGUUAAACUUUUUAAUAAUAAGCCUGAGUAGAGCAGGCGUUUUAUACGAACGCUUGAAUCAAGUCAUUGUUUAAAAUUCGAUCGCGUUAGGCGCCAUUUUGGCAGCAAUUAAAAAUUGGACUCCUUCGACUUCGGGAAGCGGCAGGGGUAUUUUGCAGAACGCCGAAUGCAGAACACCGAAUGACUCUGAAGUCUGGUGAUUAGGAUUAGGAAUCUGAGUGAAUCAAGUUUCAGGUCAGAUUUUUUAGUACAACGACCCUGAAUGGAACCUGAUUCACUCAGUUUCUUAACCCUCUUCACUUAAACUUCAGAGUCAUUCGUCGUUCUGCAUUUGGCGUUUGGUGAAUGUAGGACACCGAAUGACUCUGAAGUUUGGUGAUUAGGGUUAGGAAACUGGGUGAAUUAUGUUUCAGGUCUGUUUUGCCAGUUUUAAUGAUGCUAAGUGGAACUUGAUUCACUCGGUUUCCUAACCCCAAUCACUAAAUUCAGAGUCAUCCGGUGUUCAGCAUUCUGCAAAAUACUCUGCCGUUGGGGAAGGGAUGGUAAAAGGACAACAGAAAUGUCUCCUGGCAAAGCCUAUGAAAUGGCCCAUUUUACUGUUACGGUAUGAAUGAGAAAGGGGGUGGAAUUGAUCUUGUUGUGAUACAACCCUUCCUGCGUUCUCACGUAAAUCAUGUUGUUCUUAUACUAGCAAGUCGUUAUCAAGCAUGAUUAAAUUUAUUUCCAUAANAGACUUAAAAUGCUGCUAAGGAACAGACCAGGGCUGCGAAAUAUGUUGUUUUUAGCCCGAGAAAAACAUGAAUAUCUCCACCCUGCUUUGUUAUUUAAUUCAGAACUUGAACAAACUUUGUGAUGUCAGUCGUGUUAUUGAGUUAAACUUUUUAAUAAUAAGCCUGAGUAGAGCAGGCGUUUUAUAAGAACGCUUGAUUGUUUAAAAUUCGAUCGCGUUAGGCGCCAUUUUGGCAGCAAUUAAAAAUUGGACUCCUUCGACUUCGGGAAGCGGCAGGGGUAUUUUGCAGAACGCCGAAUGCAGAUCACCGAAUGACUCUGAAGUCUGGUGAUUAGGAUUAGGAAUCUGAGUGAAUCAAGUUUCAGGUCAGAUUUUUUAGUACCACGACCCUGAAUGGAACCUGAUUCACUCAGUUUCUUAACCCUCUUCACUUAAACUUCAGAGUCAUUCGUAGUUCUGCAUUUGGCGUUCGGUGAAUGUAGAACGCCGAAUGACUCUGACGUUUGGUGAUUAGGGUUAGGAAACUGGGUGAAUUAUGUUUCAGGUCUGUUUUUUUAGUUUUAAUGACCCUUAGUGGAACUUGAUUCACUCAGUUUCCUAACCCCAAUCACUAAAUUCAGAGUCAUCCAGUGUUCAGCAUUCUGCAAAAUACCCUGCCGUUAGGGAAGGGAUGGUAAGAGAACAACAGAAAUGUCUCCUGGCAAAGCCUAUGAAAUGGCCCAUUUUACAGUUACGGUAUGAAUGAGAAAGGGGGUGGAAUUGAUCUUGUUGUGAUACAACCCUUCCUGCGUUCUCACGUAAAUCAUGUUGUUCUUAUACUAGCAAGUCGUUAUCAAGCAUGAUUAAAUUUAUUUCCAUAAGAAAACAAAGAAGGUUUGUAUCAAAACAAGGUCAACCUCAGCCUUACUUCACUCGAAGGUUGGGGAGUUAAACCCACAAAUAGAGAAUGGUCUUUUACAGAAUACCCCCAAAUUGGUUGUGCUUGAUUGCUUUUGCAGAAAUAUAAACGGACAUUGAAAAUUGAGUUUGUUUUCAGUGGAAGGCAUAAAUUUUCUUACCCCAACUACAUUGACACAUGCAUUUGAUAAGUCUUGUUCAAUCCAAUAUAGGAUAUGCUACUGUGCUUUGUACAUGCUGAUUCUUUUCUUUUUCGUUGUCAUUAACCUGGACUUUUUCUCAGUCCAUAAGAUUAUAUGCAAAAGAAAAAGAACUUUGCCAAUAUCCAGCCAUCUUGACAUCAUGCAUGGUCAAUAACACAUAUUUUAUGUGAUAUUGUGUACAGUAUAAUUUAUAAUAAUAUAGCACGGAUUAGAGUAUUUUUUACAGUAGAGAUGGCAGUUUUAUACAAAAACCCUUUGUUUUUCUUGCAGAGGCAUCCCACUGCUGAUGGUCCUUGGUUUUACAGGAAUGUUUGUUGGCCAGCUACUCUAUCUUUUGGGCAUUUACUUGACAAAUGCUAAUCUUGCAUCCAUGUUUCAGCCGUCGGUGCCAGUGUGGAGUGCGCUUCUCGCCAUGCUGUCAGGAGUAGAACCGCCUCCUAUGUUAACAAAACCUCAUGGUGUGGCCAAAAUUUUUGGCAUUUUCUUAGCACUUACUGGAGCUGUGACAAUGACCAUUGGAAAGCUUGGAGGUGAAGACAGUUCUAAUGAAGAGUCUUGGUUCGCCAGCGGCACAUCUGUUGGUAGUCAGAUCUUGGGUUGUAUCUGUCUUCUUGUCCAAGUCGCAAGCACUGCAACAUAUUAUGUAAUUCAGAAGAAGUACAUAUUCAAUCAACCAUACUCUGUUUGGAAGAACCAGCCAAUUGCCGUUACUGCCUGGAGUUACUUAUUUGGUGCUCUUUUCAUGGCUCUUGCUUCACUUUCUUACAUCAAUCACCUGGACAGGUUUGCCAGUUUCUCUACAGAGGCCCUCUACUGCCUUGUGUACGCCAUCUUUGUCACAUCAACAAUGUGCUUCUUGCUGUUGUCAUGGUGCAACAUGCAAGCUCCAUCCACCAUAGUCACUGCGUCAUGGCCUCUUCAGGCCCUGUUCUGUGCACUUCUUUCAUUUAUAUUUCUUCACAAGUCACUGCAGCUGAUGGAGUUUUUCGGAGGCAGCUUUAUUGUCUGUGGCCUUGCAGCCGUUUUGUGGUCAAGCUAUACAGAGGACAAGGAACUCAACAUGCAACUCAAUGAAAGAAACACAAAGACCAAGGUACCUCAUAAUUUGGACUGGAAAUUCUCUGAAGCUAUAACUGAGGGUUAUGUGGUGAUCCCUAACGAUGACAAUGAGUAACAUGCACAUAAUAGAAUACUACACAUUAUAUUGUCAAAUGUUCUCGGUUUCUAUUCUAACGACACAUUGGUGUACAUUGUACGUAAAGUAAAAGAGGUUAUAAUAUUGUUUCCUUAUAAGCAAAAUAUUUGCAUAGGAAUUGUUUUUAGUCAUGAUUGUGUUUCAGAAACAACUGCAAUAGAAUCAUAAAGCUUAUUAGAUUAUUU